CUCUCUCUUUCGUCCCCAACAAGUGGGCAUGUUAGUGAUCAUCCAUUUAUUGUUGUUGCUGCAGCAGCUACGCUUGCAUUUUUGCCAUUAAAAUAAUCUCAUGAUAAAGGAUCUUUGUUCUUUAAGCAUAAUGGCUCCAUUCCUCCUUGAGGAUCACGACAAUCCAAUCCCACACUUCUUCCCAAGUCAGGAAACCCCUCUCUCCUUCUUCUUCUUCCCCUUCCCUCCUCAAUCAGAGCCUUCCCUUUUGCCUCUUUUCCAAAUCUCAUGGAAGGCUCUGCCGAUGAACGCCUUCACUUCGGCAAGAUGGGAUACGGGUGCAAACAUUAUAGGAGAAGAUGCAUGAUUCGAGCUCCUUGUUGCAAUGAGAUUUACUGGUGUCGUCAUUGUCAUAACGAGGCAGUGAGCAUGUUGAGGAAUAUCUAUGAUCGGCAUGAAAUAGUACGCCAAGAUGUUGAACAAGUUGUUUGUGCAGUUUGCGACACAGAGCAGCCAGUUGCUCAAGUUUGCACAAACUGUGGCGUCAUGAUGGGUGAAUAUUUCUGCGAAAUCUGCAAAUUCUUCGAUGACGAUACUGGGAAACAAGAGUUUCAUUGCGACGAUUGUGGGAUCUGUAGAGUCGGUGGUCGUCAGAAUUAUUAUCACUGCAAGAAGUGUGGGUCCUGCUAUUCAGUUGCCCUUCGUGAUAAUCAUUCUUGUGUAGAAAACUCUAUGAGGCAUCACUGUCCAAUUUGUUAUGAGUACCUUUUUGAUUCAUUGAAAGACACUACUGUGAUGAAAUGUGGUCACACGAUGCAUUGUGAUUGUUAUCAAGAGAUGAUAAAGCGUGACAAGUUCUGUUGUCCCAUAUGCUCCAAGUCAGUGAUCGAUAUGUCCAGUACGUGGAAGAGAAUUGAUGAAGAGAUAGAAGAAACAGUCAUGCCUGAAGAUUAUCGGGACAGGAAGGUUUGGAUACUGUGCAAUGACUGCAAUGACACAACUGAAGUUUACUUCCACAUUAUUGGGCAAAAAUGUGGUCACUGCAGCUCAUACAAUACUCGUACAAUUGCUCCUCCUGUUCUUCCUCACUGACCUCCAUAUUCUUAAAGUAAUUACCCCCCAUCCCCAUCGUUGUAGAUUGUUCUGAUUCAAUAAUUUUGUCCUUCGCUGGAUAUGAAGUGAAUGAAUUGCGUAUGGUGCUUCUGGGGGGAAUUCACUUCAUCCUCAUGGUGAAUUGCCAGCAAUUGUACUUCGGUACUUGUUAAUGAUGAUGAUGUAUUUAAAUUGGAUUGUAGUGAUACUUGUGUUUGCCAUUGAAUUUAAUCAAAACACAAUGCUUGCAUUGCAAGGCAUAUGCUUUGCAAUUCAUUAUGACUAUCACUGAAUUGUGAUAGUUUGUUAUCCUGUCUUUGUCACUCUCUGUUCUGCUGAGGUCCUUUCCUUGUCAAGACAGUUGAUCUCUUCGUGAUAAACUUGAAUCUAUUUAUAUUUUUCCCUUUAUUUUUA